AUGGGCCAACGCAAGGAAGCCCAGUUCCUGUGGGACUAUGCCUCGCCCAGCGCCUCGAUUGGGCGGCCACGCCUUGGCCUCAAGCUGGUGUCCAUCCCCCAAGUUUCACCAGGCGGCGGCAGCGGCGGCGGCGGCGGCGGCAGGCGCGGCGGGGGUGGCGGCGGCAACGGCGGCGGCGACGACCCCAUGAAGGGCUUCACCUACCUCUUUUCCUCCCUCAUCUUUGCCGGCGGCCUGAUGGCCUACAUCCGCAAGGGCUCCUCCAACAGCCUGCUGGUGUCCGCCGCCGUGGCCACGCUGCUGCUCAUCAGCACCUCGCUCAUGCACCACCGCAGCGGCAAACUCCUGGCACUGGGCACCUGCCUUGUGCUGGCCGCAAUGAUGGGCCAUCGUGCCAACACCAGCCGCAAGGUCUUCCCUGCUGGCAUCGUGGCCAUCCUCAGCGCACUCAUGACCGCUGGCUACGCUCGCUCCCUGGCCUGA